AUAGAAUCUCAUGUUAUCAGUUUUCGUUCGCCAUUAUGGCAGUCUCUCUGCCAAGCUCACAAGAAGACGGGAAAUACACCAUCAAUAUUAUCAACUCCAAGAUUGAAACCCUAGUAAUUGGUGAUGGAAACGUUGUGAAUAACUAUUGUCGAUGUCUUGAGUAUCCUGAGCAUUCUGCAGGUUCUCGAUCAGGAAGAAAAACGACUCGAAGGACGGCCACUUACCACGAUGGAGGGGAAAGACGCAGAAUUAAACGCAAACAAACGAAGUUAAGGUUCCCCCAGCGCAAAUAUAUAGGCGAUUCUAAGUUUCCCUCGAAAAACAUUUCGGACGAAAGCGAUGAAGAUUCUUCUUACGGUCACUGUGGACCAGAAAUAUUUCCUUCGGUUUCAGGGGAACGGGACUGUGCAUUUGAAAGAUCGAUAAAGCGAUUUCACAUCAUUUUGAACAGACUUCAUCCGUUACGGGACAGUGGCAAAUUUGAGGAUUUUACCAGCGUCGCAGAUGGUAUGCUGAUGAGUAGCAAAGGGGAUUUAGAGCUGGAACUCUUAAUCCUUCUCGAGAAGAGCGUGAUUGUCAGUUACCAAAAUGACUUGGAGAACGCGGAAUCCAUGGUACUAGAGGUGUUAAGUAAGUUGAAGAAUUCUGAAACUAAAGUUAAAAUGAGGGACUAUCUGGUGACCAUGGCCCACGUUUACUUGACUGGAACUUACCGACGGCAGUACAAGCAUGGGAAAGCGGAUUCCACCAUAGCUGUUGCAGAACAAGUAUUACCAAAAUCACAAAAUGAAACUGCUCGUUUCGUUAAGGCACUGAUACUCUAUGAGAUGGCUGGCAAUUUGACUAAAUAUAUAACUUCUGUUCCACUUCAUCUUUCUGCACGCAAAAAGCUCGUGGAACGUUCGAAGCACUACAUGAGGCAGUGCAUAGAUCUGAGCAUAGAGCUUGAUGGUGGCAGCCUAUACAUUAAAAAACAUCACUUUGCGCUGCUCAAGCUCGCCUCACUAGAUCUAAAUUGUAGCCAUGAGCUUACAUGAGCAGCUCGAGAACAACUUACAAGUGAUAAAUGCGUUGCAGAUGCCCAAACUUGCCUUCAAGCGAUUCAAGAAAAAUAUGACGACGAGAUGAGCGGAGGGCAGAAAAUGCUGUUCUUAGGGGCCAAGUCAGACCUCAAUUAUAGGUUGGGUGAUCUUGAGACAGCGCAGAGCGAAGCCAGUCAAGCAUUGUCCUUAGCUGAAACAUUUGGAUUCAAUCUAGAAAUCAUUCCCAUCCGGGAGAAACUAGAGGAUAUCUCCAAAUUAAUAACAUCAACAGAAAUGAUGUCUUUAGAACCAUCCUAUGAAGAAGGAUGUGUGAAUUCCCUGUCAUCCAGCACUGUGUCAUGUGAGAGGAAUUCUCCUAGCUCCUCAGGAUGUAAGACGGAGUGAUUGCAUGGUGUGUGUACAGUUUUAUCUAUUGCCUAUCCUGCAUGUGUACUGUGCAUUUCAUCUUAAAACAUGUAAGGGCUUCUUUUUUUUUUAAAUUUCAAACUAUUUUGAGUGGUCUAAAUAGGCAAAAGAAGUAAGUAGUAGGGAAUAUUGACAGCGAACAGAGUUAAAUUGGACGUUUGAAUCAAAUUCUGUAUUUAACUAUUAGUCGACUAAAUAGGAGUUAAGAAAUCUGUCUGAUGAGUGCGUAAGCACGAACCUUCGAGUAACAGAAACCAUAUGUCGUCUUGUUUGAUCUCUACCUACUGUAUUAAGCUCUGCACAUGUGUAUUGAGCACUAUUCAACGGUAUCGACUACUAUCUCACAUGAGUACAGCCAAAUAAUAUAAAUUUAUUGAUAAUUCUGUUACCGAUAACAGAGUGUUAAGCUCCGAACCCCAUAAGUAUAGAGAAUAUGCAUACUGAUGUUAGAUCAAAAAGGGUUAUGCUGUUGAAAAAAGGUCCAACCUGUUCAGAACACUUAAUGUACAAUUUGCUAAUCUAUUCUGAACUACUAGGGAAACAUGACAAUGUAUUGCUGAUGGGCUAUUUUAAACAAGCACAAAGCCAAAGUAAGCGUCAAACCUUGAAGCCUUUUCCUAACCCACAUAUCAAGGGAGGGGUAAGGAAGGUUUCCCUUUCCUCCACCUCUCCCUCGCUUAAGUUUUCUUUGGUUCCCUUUGCACUCAAAAGUCAGUGUGUAUUUUCUCCUUUCUGUUCUCUAUACAUUUCCUAAGGUUCUGAAUGGACGGUUUGUUCAAGGGCUUGUUUAGUUGGUGAUCAUUUCCUUGAUUCUCGUGUCCUUGAUCUUUGAUUUAGUGGUGAAACUGUAGGGAGAAAUUAAAAGCUUUUUACUCUCAGGGGUUUAAAUUAAAGAGUUAAAAAUCCCUACUUAACAGUUGAACUUGUUGUAAAAGGAAUUAAAAGUGUUUUACUGAUGAGGCUUUCUUAUUUUCCCUGUAAAUAAGACUCAUUGCCAAAGGAAAGGUUAAUUUUGAAAGUGUGUGCUCUUGGAACCUAUAUGUGGCCUUUUGAGCUUGGAAAACUUCACCUAAAUGUUCUCGAAUUCAAGGUGACAUGAGGUUUGUUAUUGGUGAUUGCUGUUAAGUGAUAAACAAUAACUGAGCUCCCGUCAUCACUUGAAAAUGAAGACAGUUGGUAUUGUCAGUAGUUCAAGAAGUAAGGCGAACUGAAGUAUUUAAACAAAUACAAAUCACGCAUUGAUCAUUUUGAAGCCCUUGGUAGCUCCCCAGACAUUUGAACCUUCCAAGUUUUGAAAACAAGAUUUUGUAGAGCUUUUCAUUUGAGCCACACACUCAUGAAAAUGAACUCUUCACCAUUAAACACUGCCAUAUCAAAAGAUAUUAAUAACACUUGUUUUCCACUGGAAAUACUUGACACUUGCAGUUCAAAUUUCCCACCGCAGCCAGGCAAGGUUCAAAUUAUCCAUUCCCCAGAUACUGAAAAUGCUCAAAUGCCUGUGGGUUGUCCAGGGGGUGGGAAUGCACAAGUUUCAAAUUGAUUGGCAUAUUAGUAUACACUAUGAAUUGUAGUUUUAUGAAAAUUCCAUGAAUUUCUUGUGAAAAACCCAUGAAGAUCAUUUCAUGGCCCAUGAAUACUGCAAAAUGAAAAUUCGAAGGUUAUCUUAAGCCCUGAAUUUUCCAUGAAUUAGGGGCAUUUUUUUCGUGAGCCGUUAAUUUCUAUAAAGUCUAAUUUCAUGUUAAUUUCCCUGAAAGUCACCAUAAUGAAUUCCAUAACCCAUGAAUUUCUUUAAAAGCCUACUUUCAUGACCCAUGAAUUUCUUUAAAUUCUACUUUCAUGACCAAUCAGUUCCCCAGAAAGUCAUCAUAAUUAAUUCCAUGCCCCAUGAAUGGCAAUUAAAGAGCAUUUCAUGGGCUAACAAUACAUUUGUUUCUAGUAAACAAAUUUAAUGGGCCAUGAAUAUUCCCUGAAAUCCAUACAAGGAUAUAUUCAACUUGUACCCCAUGAAUCUCAUAAAUAAAUUCAUAGGCCAUUAAAAGUGAUAUUGAUGAGUUCAUCACAAUCACAACUAUAUUUUUCACUAGUUGUUAUUAAGUAAUCAGACACCUGUAAUUGGACAGUUACAUCAACCAAUCAUACUAAGUGCACUCAACUAAAUCCACCAUUCACAGAAUUGACUGCGUAGAUAUGGUUAUUGUACAUACAAUGACCAUAGCAACAACCACUUAAUCCUAAAUAUGGAGGAAUUUCCACAAUUGCAGAAUUUUAUACUUUAGACAAAGUCUCUAGGAACAUCAAAAGCCCUUUUCAAAGAAAUCUAUUUUUUUUUCUCAGAAAUUGUAAUGGUUUAAUGACCCUUAAGUCCAAAUAAUUUGAAGAAAUUCUCAGUACCUUGAACGUGAAAGUUUUAAGACAAGGAGUAACUUUAGAGGCUUAAAACUUUGGUUUAAUGAAAGGUAUGCUAUACAAAUAUACCAAGAGACAUACAUGUAUAUGUUUAUCAUGAUGAUGUAUUUUUUCAGAAAGCAGCAGUCAGUUAUGUUAAAUGCAAAUUGUCAAUCAUAGAUUUGCUUUCUAACCUCCGAGCUGGCCUCUUGGAUUCCAUGAUCAUAAAAGUUUUAUCUUGAUGGAAAAUGUCUCAUGUCCACAGAUGUGCCAAAAUCAUAAAACAUAAACAUAAUCAUGGACAGGGGGAACGCUUUGGAAUGUGCACAUCCAUUUGUGGGGGAGAAUUACAACGCGCCGUAGUCGCUUCCUUCUCUUGUAUAAAUGUUUCUUCAUUAUAAAACGCACUUGACUCUGUUGGCACCACUGCUAGUUCAGCGGAAGCGAAAGAUUAAGGAAUCGAGAUGGCUGUGUUGGAACGUGUUGCUGAACGUUUGUUACGGUCAAACUUUGUUGGUUUGGGUACUGGUACACUGUGAUCAUCUAGGCAUCUCUUCUACUUCCUGAGGUGGUAUC